CGAUAUUUGUUAAAUCGCGCCGCGCGCGUUUUUCAUUUCAUGCUGGCUUCAUGCACAUUGUACAAUUUUAUCAUGAAUUUGUCUGUCAAAGAGUUGUUUAUACAAUGGUUAACGGAAUGGAAAGAUGAAGCACAAGCUCAAUCAUGGAAAUCGCAAUACACAUAUGGUAAAGCACUGAGGUCUCUGAAGAAAUAUCCACUACCCGUCAAAUGUGGACAAGAUGUAAAGAUCCUUGAAUUUUUUGGAGACAAGCUUUGCAAGAUGCUGGACAAAAAACUGACUACAUACAAGGAAGAAAAUGGUAACAAGUCAAGAAAUAAAGCUGUCACUGCCAGGUAUGAGAAUUGAUAUUAGUGAAAGUGAUGAUGAAGCAGAUGCACCAGUACCUCCAAAAAAGAAACGAACAAAGGCAAAGCCCACGGCUACAGCUCCUGCUGCACCAAGGGAGUAUGUUCCUGCAUACCGCUCCGGGCCGUAUGCUCUUAUACUUACGCUAUACCGGGAUUUUCAGGAUGCCAGUAGCAAGGGAUUUAUGAAGAAACCAGAAUUACAAACAAAAGCUCAAGAUCUCAGUGAAAAGUCAAUGACAGUGGCUGAUGCAGAUUGUCAUUAUACUGCAUGGUCGUCAAUGAGUACAUUAAUCACAAAGGGAUAUGUUACAAGAGAAGGAAAUCCAUCGAGGUAUACUAUAACUCCAGCUGGAUGUGAUCUAGCCCAUAAACUAGAGGUUGGACAUGACCAAGCCAAGACCCUGACCAGGGAAGGCCCAAGUCCUAGGCUGCCUGUUGACCCAUUAAAGGCACCUCUACCAAGCCUUACAACUCUCCAGGCACCACAUAAGAAUAAGAUGAUUGUUCCUGAGCCUAGACCUGUUGCAGAUGCUCUGCCCCAUGGGACUGAGGAACCAGACUCUUUCCAGUACACCUACGUGGAUGACCAAGGCAGGGAAAUUUGCAGUAAAGACUCAGCUGUUGUUAUAAUUGAUGAUAACAUUGGAGUUGGUUUCCUAGUAAAGUGCAUCAAAAGUGAUUUAGCAAAAUUCAACAUCCAACAUCUGCCGGAUCCAAGAAAAGCAGCGCCAGGGAUGGAAUAUGUGUACAUUGACAACAACCAGGCAUUGGAUAUCUGUCCAGGGAUUAAGAAGAAACCAAAAGUGAAUAAACGCCCUCCUACAGAUAACACGAAAACAAGUAUACAAGCUAAGAAGCCAAAGAAGACAAAAGACCAUGAAGUGGGGCAGUACACUUCAAUUGCAGGAACAAAACAUCUCUCGUCCAACAUAGAUGCACAUGCAUAUGCACCAGCUACAACUUCUAAACACAUUUCAAAUCAUACCUACAAGCAGAAUUUUGCAACUGAUUUGGCAGGUGUUAGUACAUCCAGCAGAGCUGAUCUAACUACAAACAAGCUUGGAUCUGAUCAGACAGUGCAUGGUGUUAGUAAUUCCAACAGAUCCGAUCUAAAUUCAAACAAUUUGGGAGCUGAUUGGCAUGGAACUAUCAACAAGGACAAUGCUUUUAAAAGUACAUCAAAACCAGAAUUUAUCUUGCAUCCUGGGACAUUUGAGAUUAUCUUGUGUGUUGACAAUUGUGAGAUUGGAGGGGCAAGUAAACGAAAAAAACAAUUACUCGAAGGUCUUCAUAAAAACCAUGUCGUACUUGACGUUCGGAAGCUACAGGUUGGUGAUUUCCUCUGGGUUGCCCGUGAAAAGCAGAGCGGCAUUGUUGCACAAGCGACUGAUAGAGAAGCGGUGCUAGAUUACAUUGUAGAAAGGAAAAGAAUGGAUGAUCUGUGCGGUAGUAUCAAAGAUGGCCGGUUUAAAGAGCAAAAGUUCCGGUUAAAGCAGUGUGGUAUAAAUAAUCCAGUUUAUCUGGUUGAAGAGUAUGGAUCAAUGGACAACAUGAGUUUACCAAAAGCAACAUUACAACAGGCAAUUGUCAAUACACAGAUUGUGGACAAGUUUCAUGUUAAACAUACCUGUGGUAUACCGGAUUCUGUUGCUUACUUUACAGUGAUGACUAGAUACCUGCAAAGUACUUAUUCUAACAAGUGUAUAAAUGUUUACACAAGGGAAAACUUUGAGAACAUGAAGUGUGUGCCAAGUCUGAAUGAUAAAACCCAACACUUGAUGUCAUUCUUUGAAUUCAAUGAGAACUCUAUCAAAAACAAAGUUUUAACAACUGGUGAAGUAUUUGCAAAACAACUUCUGCAGUUUAGUGGUCUAACUGCAGAGAAGGCACAAGCUAUAGUCAAUAUUUACCCCACUGUAUCACAGCAAGCUCUGUGUGGAUCAAAAUGCAAGACCACUAAAUUCUAUGUGCUUUAUUUUUGUUCAAGUCUUCUUGAAGCUUAUUCAUCAUGUGUGUCUGAGAAGGAGGCUCAUAAGUUACUGUCAACUCUCAAAUUUGGAAAAACACAACGAAAUCUUGGUCCAGCCUUAAGUAGACUUGUUUACCAAGUAUACAACACCUCAGGACCGCUGACGUGAAAAUGUAAGGAUCUGAACGUAACUGCUGUAAGAUUUAAAGUGUGCUGGACACAUGCUGGGUGAUACCCAGGAUUUUAGAUGGUAAGGCUGUUUUUUCAGCAGCCUUUCCAAAUAUAAAAUAAUCCAAUAUUGAUAUCAAUACAAUAAUAUUUAUGUGGAAACAGAUUUAAAUUUACUGAUGGAGAUUUAGGGUGCGAUAAUGUGUGACAGUUGAUCAACACUUUUCUGGCAUACUUGCACUGUAGGAGAACCAUAGGCAAUGACAGAGAUUUCUCAAUGAGUGGCUGGAAGGUGCCCAACGAGAAGUUCAAGAUCCCCAACAGGGAGUCUGCACUCGCUUUAGCCCACCAUGAAGGAUAUGUUUUAAGUAUGGUUGCACCUCUAAGGUGCUUGGAAAUAGCACACUCAGACAGUAAAAGUUUUUAUCAAAGCAGAAUUCGCCAACAAAGUGAUUAUCUUCUUCGCCGAUGGGUGGGUUCAGGUUCUCCUAUGAGAGUUCUUAGUGCCAGUACUGGGAAGAAGGGUAUCAUAAUACUGACAAAUAUACCAGUUUAAAUAAAUCAUAAAGUAACUUGAAACAUAAUUUGAUAAUAAGACUUUUUGUUAAAUCAUUAUAUAGAUACCAUCCACAAUGCUAGAGAAAACUGUACAUAUUAUGUUAAACACAUAGAGCUAGUUAUAUUGUAACCUUAAUUUUAAUUUCAUAAUAAAUAUUCUAAUGAAAAAAAGUUAUU